UCCUGUAGUUCACUUCUCUCCAUGUGUUAUGAUACAGCUCCAUACAGCUGUUAACAUUAUCCUUUCUCCAUCUGGACGCCACAGCAGCCUCCAGCCCCUCAGGAUACCAGCGUUACUCGAGCUCUGCACCUGGGUGGCAACUGUUGCAGAUUCCUGGAUCCAGUGGACGUUUUUUGGUGUUCUUUUUUCCGUGUGUUGACCGGGAACCUUCGUGAGCUCAGGUGUUUGAUUCAGCCGGACCUCCUCCUGUGGGUGUGUGAAAGGUGUUUCAUAUAUCUCAUUUCUGGAAGGAGGGAGCUGCUGUGAGGAAUUUUACACGAAAGCUGAGUCGCAGAUUUCUCACCUGGACACUGAGGAGGCAGCAGGAUGGACUUACCCACUUACUUUUGGCUCGUCACCACGACUCUGAUGUUGAUCCACCUGCAUCAAGCCUCUACCUUCUCUGUCAUUAGCCCCACAGUGGAGGAAGGCCCCCUGGUGCAGCUCCCCCACACGGCCCACCGGCGAGAGAAACGCUGCUCCUGCGAGAACCAGAAAGACAAAGAGUGUAUUUUUUUCUGCCACAUCGGUAUCGUCUGGGUCAACACGCCUAGCCACGUGGUUCCUUAUGGAUUUGGUUCUGUCCGACUGAGGAGGGAGCUCAGCCGCUGCCUCUGCACACACACACAGGACGCUGAGUGUGUGAGCUUCUGCUCUGCUCAGACGCAAACAGAAGGAGAAAACGCUGCAGUGAAGAAGAAGACUGACAAACGACUGGAGAGAUACAGAGCUGCAUUGUGGGAGAAAAGGAGCCGACACGCACUCAAACAUCAAACCUGAGCAGAAACACGAGUCCUCUCCCCUUCAUCAGAAAUAACAGAUCCAGUUUGUACAGCGUGUGAGUGUGUGUAAGUGUGUGUGUGUGUUUCUGUAAUGACAGUGAUGUAUUGAGACAGGAGCGCUGACCUCUGAGCACCUCAUCUUUUUAACCCUCAGCUGAUGAACCUGUGACCUCUGUGCUGAUCUCAGAUGAUUUGUAGCUCUGAGAGCUGGAACAUAUUUCAGCCUCGCAGAGAAACACUCACACGUUUACUGCCCUUUGGUUAUUUUAAAUAAUAAAAUUCUUUCUCGAGUUGACACAGUCUGUUUGUCGGUGAAGGCUGAAAACCUCACAUCUCCACUGUGACUGCUCUGUUUGGUCCAAGUGCUGAAGUGUACGGAAGAAUAUUGGUGCCACACACCCCCCCCAAAAAAAACAGUAUCAGGCUAUAACAUGAAAAAUGUCUUGUUAUAAAGAUGUUUUUGACGUUUUUACAAGAUGUUUUUUAUGUUAUAACAACUUUUCUUGUAAAAGACGAAACAAAACCUUUCUUAUUAUAACAAUAUACUUAUUUAUCUUAUAUCAAAGAGUCUUGUUACAAAAAGCUCUUUGUCACAUUUUUACAAGACGUUUUCAUGCUAUAACAAGAAACUUUUCUUGUUAAAAAGAUAAACCUUGUUAUAACUAUAUACUUAUCAUAUAUAACUCAUAACCAGCUGAAGCUACAGGUGACUCACUCAUUCACAAAGUGCCUCGUUCUUCUGACAGUAAAGUCAGAACAAAAUCUACUUCAGCACCCCGACCCGAUAUAUAUAUAUAUAUGUAUUAAUGGACACUUUUAAAUCUGACAAGAGAGGGGGCUGUCAGAAAGCCAAAGUAAAGACCACGACUGAGUGUUUGGGCCACAAAAAAUCUCAGCAGGAAGUUAUUUUAGCAAAAAGUCAUAAUAUUAAAAAACAAAGUUAAAAUUAGGAUACUAAAAUUAAUAAAAAAUAAUAAUGUAUUUAAUACAUGUAAAGUUACAAUCUUACAAGAAAAAGUUAUAAAAUAGUUUUAAUUUUCUUACAAAAUUUCAUAAAGCAAAACUUCAUUCUCAAUAUCUCAGAUUUCUUUAUGUGUAUAUUAUAAAUAUUCACACAGUGGCUCAUCAACUCUGUCGUCGUCAGAUUUGACUCUCUGACAAAGAAUAAGCUAUUAUUGUGACGAGUAUAAUGUGAUAGGAGUUGUCUCUAGCUUUAAUAUAUCUCAGUUUUAAAGUUUGUGAAGAAAAUGUGUUGUAGAGAAUCUAAAAGAAUUUAUUUUAUUUACACAAGAAUACGAAGUGACUCAGCUGCCCAGUGUGACCAGCUCAGUGGAGGCAGAACAAGAGGCGGCAUCACAGCUUCUCUUCACAGUUCUCAUUUUAUUUUAUUAAUUAAGAUUAUAACAGAACUCAAACAGAACAAAUCCAAAUCAGUUCAGUCACCCAAAAAAAUCAUGUGGCCUUUUCUCCCUUUUAAGUUAAACCUAAAUACCUCCAGUUCAAAAACAGACAAGUAUUUAAUUUUCGGCGAGAACCACAAACAACAUGUGAAUAAAAUGAAAAAGUCUCCUCAGUGAACGUCCUCAUUACAAACCUGCCCUGCUGUUCUCUGAACAGAGUAUCAUCAGCUGACAUUAACAUGACGUUUGAUCAUCAUGCACAGAUUCAGGUGGUCUUCACAGAGGUCAGAGGUCACAGUGACCUGAGAGAGACUCAGUUUCUCCUCAGCAGGAUGAAGACGAGGAUGUUUAAGGAUUUAAAACGCCUCCUCCUGUGGUCACACUCUAUGAGGCCUCAUUUCAUCAGACUGUCAUUUUAAAUCCACACACUCAGAGUCACUCACUCAGCACGUUCACGUGAUGUCAGAGGAAAUCCAUUUAUUGUGUCCGACUGUCCUUUUAAAAUCCCUGUAAACAUUAGUUUAGUGUGAGUGAAAUGGUCCGAAAGUGAAUUUGUCACAGUGACAAACCCAGAUCAUGUGACUCCUGCAUGUAUACAGCCAAUCAGACCCAAACUGGCCCAGGCGCUCUGAGCAUGCUCCACAGUUUAGUCCAAUAGCAUUAAAUGUGUAAGAGAAGAAGAAGUCAGUAACAACAUGGAGAAAUCUACAUCCAGAGCCGUGACUUUUUUGACGGACCAAAUGUACAGAGCUGUAAAGUUGUCCACCAUGGUAGCAGUUAGCUGCUAGCUAACCGUAGCUAACUUGUUUGUCCAUUGUUUGGUCUGUGACGUAAUAGGUCAACAGGAAAAGAGUCCAAUACUAACAAGCUGAAAGGGGGCGUAUCUCCACCUAUCGUAGAGGAGUCGCUCAUACUUGGGUCAAUAAAUGGAUUUCCCUCCUGUGCUUGUAUACUGGGACAAGGACAGCAGUCCAGUUAAACGUCCUCAUCCAGCUGCAACUGUGGUUCCAUGGAAACGGACUGAGUGACAAACAAACACGAUGAUCAAGCCAACAUGUUUCACCUUCAUUCACACGACAAUGGAGAACAAUGAACUUUGACAAAGGCCGUUAUCUGAACCUCCUCACGCUCAGACGCGUCAGUGACGUCAUUUACAGUGAAACAUUCAGAGAGUUUUGUUCCAGAAACGAAGCAGUGAAAAAUCUACGGGAUUUAUAUAUUUAUAUGACGACAUUAAAAACACGUCACACAGCAGCUCGCUCUGUCCUGACAUAUAAAAACAUUUAUAACAUCAUGUUAAUAUUAAUAAUCAAAUCCAGUGUUAGAAUGUGAGUUAUGGAGCAGAACUCUUGGUUUCAUUUUGUCCAUCUGUUAAAGAGCUUUUAAAAAAUGUUCUGACACCAGCUUUUUAAAAACUGUAUAGCUUCAUAUAUGUACACAUGUUGAUUAUUUUAUUGCAGGAUAUUUAUUUUGUUAAAGAUUUUUAAAUUACUUAAACACAUUAAAAACAACCACUGAAUGCUGAAAUAUCUGAUUGUUGUGAUUUAAACAGAUUUUGUGUGUCUGACAUGUGAAGAGUUCUGCCUCAACACAAGGAAACUUUCAAGAAGGACGGGUCAUUACAUCAUCGUGACAGCAUUCACAUUUUGCUUUAGUGCAACAUUUAUUGAAGACAAACA